AUGUCAUUAUUGACAUUAGCACAAAGUCGUUAUCUAAAAGAAUAUCAAACAAGUGAAAUGUUUAUGACUGCUCAUCGUAGUGUGAGAACUGGGUUGGUUGCUUCUGCUAUUGUAUCAUCAUGGACCUGGGCCGCUACUUUACUGCAAUCUUCCACAGUCGCGUACAAAUAUGCUCCAAAUGCUCACACUUUCCUUGAAAUUAUUAAAGUUCGUUAUGGAAAACCCGCUCAUAUUGUAUUCUUGUUUUUUGGUCUGGCUACGAACAGUAAGUUAAUGUACGACCUUCUUGAGGCGGCUUCUCGAGAAAGACCUGUUAAAGAUAAUGAAGGUGGCUCUUAUUUAACAAUGUCUUCUUUACAAGGUUUAAUUUUCGGUAUUAUCAACAUUGUUGGAAAUUUCGGAACUGUAUUUGUUGAUAAUGCCUAUUGGCAAAGAGCCAUUGCUUCAAAACCAAGUUCAACCGUUCAUGCUUAUUUGAUUGGUGGUUUGGCUUGGUUUGCAAUUCCAUUUACCUUGGCCACCACAAUGGGUCUUUCUGGUGUCGCCGUUUUUAAUAACAGUACUUCAACCUUGUCUGAAAGUGUCGUCUCUUCUGGAUUGGUCCUUCCUUUGGCUGCUAGUCAUCUCCUGGGUACAGCUGGUGGUUUUGCUGCUUUAGUACUUGUAUUCAUGGCUGUCACUAAAGUAAUUAAUCAUUCUCACUAUUCCGUUAUUGGAUUUGGUAUAAUCAUGGGUGCACUUGCUGUUAUUCUGAAUUAUAUUGGUAUAGACUUGGAAUUAAAAGUUUUAACUGAUGAUGAAGUUAAUGAUACAUAUAAAGAUGUUGAUCCAGCUGAAACAGAUCCUGUGGUCGAAGCAAGACAGAGUAUUUUUAGAGUAAUUAAAGGUGUCUUUUUGGAUAUUACUAGAAGAGGUACUGGAUCAGUUGAUGAAAUAGUUGAAGUCAAGCAUGACACAGUUAAUAAUGAGAAAGUUACCAAAGUCUAA